CCUCAAAGUCUCUGUAAACCAGGUAUAUUCUCCAAUCGUCCAGCGGCAAAAAAGAACAAAACAAUGACCCCACGAGGAACUCUUGACUGAUUCGAAUUUCUUUGUGUCGUAGGGUCGGAACUUGGCCCCUAAGGACAAGAACGGUUUCAGCGACCCUUAUCUCGUUGUACAUUGGAGCGACUACAGCUUCCAGACGGAAGCUCGACCAAAGACCCUUAAUCCGGAAUGGAACGACACCUUUGAUAUGCCGCUGAGCGGUGCGGAUGGCCUCGCCAUGAAGUGCGUGUGCUGGGAUAAGGACCUGUUCGGAAGGGACUAUAUGGGGGAAUUUGAGGUUUCUCUGGACGACGUGUUUGCGGGGGGUAGAAUCUCGGAGACGAGGUGGUUCCCAUUGAAGUCGAGCCGGAAGAAGGCGGGCGUUUCUGGAGAGAUUCAGCUCACUUUGGUGCUGGUCGACACCGCCAACGAGGAAGCCACCACAUCCGAGAUCUACGCGCAGUGGACCGCGUUCGCGAGAGGCUUCAUGGCUCAAUCUUCCCCGCCAGACUCUAUAAAUGAGGACCCGCUGUCGCGCGAUUUAGGCUCCAACGAAGAUGAUGACAGCAGCCCAAGCCCCGGAGAGGACGAUGUUUUAUCGAUGGACAAGCCUCAGGGGGCCAAGCACACGAAGCACAAAUCCAAGGGCAAGGGCCAUGUUUAUCAGUUUAGCAGUGGCUCGGAUGUCGUGGGUGUCAUCUUUUUGGAGAUUUCGUCCAUCACCGACUUGCCUCCAGAGAGGAACGUUACGCGUACUGGGUUUGAUAUGGACCCGUUCGUGGUCGUAUCGCUCGGAAAGAAGACCUUCCGCACACGGCACAUCCGGCAUUGCCUCAACCCCAUUUACGACGAGAAGAUGUUGUUUCAGGUUCUCCGCCACGAACAGAAGUACUCUCUCAGCUUUGCCGUGGUCGACAGGGACAAGUUCUCGUCCAACGACUUCGUUGCCGAGACCACAUUCCCUUUGCAGGAAAUCAUUGCUACGCAGCCAGCCGCAGACCCUGAAACCGGCUUAUACUACUUCUCAGAGCCAUCCGAGGACCAGGGCCCGCCUAGCCCUCAGCCAGGCAUCGUACACUCGAACACCGGAAGCAAGUCCAGGUUCCGCCUACCAUUGUCACGCUCCGCAUCCGGGACGAGUCUUGCUCCUUCCACGAAACGACCAGAACUCGCCCACCGCACGUCGGCCAAGUCGCUCCGCACCAUGACCGGCGGAAUGGAGCCAACUGGCGCAGAAGAUAACACCCUUGUUCCCCCGAACCCCAACCGAGCGAUCCCCACGGACAACAUUGAAUACGAGCUCACACCUUUUUCGAUCCCCCUUCCUUUGAAGAACAAGGAGCGGUGGGAGGACAAGCACAAGCCCGAACUUCGCUUCAAGGUGAAGUACGUCCCUUACCCUGCCCUCCGCCAGCAGUUCUGGAGGCACAUGUUGCGCCAGUAUGACUCGGACGACAGCGGCAUGAUCAGCCGUGUGGAGCUCACCACAAUGCUGGACACCAUCGGCUCGACAUUGCACGAGAGCACCAUCACCUCGUUCUUUGAGAGGUUCAGGGAGAGAAACGGCGCCGAGGAUGUAGAAUCCGCCGAGUUGACGGUCGACCAAGCCGUAAUCUGCUUGGAAGACCAACUCACGGCGCUUUCCAAGAACCAGGGACCCGUAGACCUAGAAUCCGAGCCCCCAACGCCUAGCUUCGGGAGCAGAAACCCCUCGGUGCUUUCCUUCCAACAGCAGCCCGUGCUGGGCCUUGCGGGAGAAGAAGGCCACGUACUGGCGGAUGAGGACCCGAACGGCAAGUCGGAGGAGCACGUUAUCCAGAUCAGGGAGUGCCCAUUGUGUCACCAGCCGCGCAUGAAUAAGCGAUCGGAGAUGGAUAUAGUGACACAUCUGGCCACCUGUGCAUCUCAGGAUUGGCGUCAGGUCGACAAGCUGGUCAUGGGUGGAUUUGUUACCUCCAGCCAGGCUCAGCGGAAGUGGUACUCCAAGGUGAUUUCCAAAGUUUCAUACGGAGGAUACAAGUUGGGAGCCAAUUCUGCGAACAUCCUUGUGCAGGACAGGAUCACGGGUCAAAUCCAAGAGGAGCGCAUGAGUGUAUACGUUCGUCUCGGUAUCCGGCUGCUCUACAAGGGUCUCGGUGGAAGCAGUAUGGAGAAGAAAAGGAUUCGGAAACUCUUGUACUCGCUGAGUGUUAAGCAAGGUAAAAAAUUCGAUAACCCUGCUUCGGCGAGAGAUAUCAAGGGCUUUAUUGCGUUCCAUCAACUCAACCUCGACGAGGUUCUCUUGCCUUUGGAGGAUUUCAAGACGUUCAAUGAGUUCUUCUACCGGAAGCUAAAGCCCGAUGCUCGGCCUUGCUCGGCCCCUGAAAACCCCAAGGUUAUCGUGUCCCCCGCGGAUUGUCGGUCCAUCGUUUUCAACAAAUUGGACGAUGCCACUCGUAUCUGGAUCAAGGGUCGCGAAUUCAGCAUCGCGAGACUCCUCGGUGAUGCCUACCCCGAGGACGCCAAACGGUUUGAGAAGGGAGGGUUGGGAAUCUUCCGAUUGGCGCCGCAGGAUUACCACCGAUUCCAUUGUCCAGUGGACGGUAUCAUGGGAGAACCUAAGCUCAUCAAGGGCGAGUACUACACGGUGAACCCCAUGGCUAUCCGUUCCGCUCUGGAUGUCUACGGUGAAAACGUCCGCGUUCUUGUUCCCUUCGAUUCGGUUGAGCACGGACGUGUAAUGGCGGUUUGCGUAGGCGCAAUGAUGGUGGGUAGCACCGUGAUUACUGCGAAGCCUGGCCCAGUAUCUCGAACAGACGAGUUUGGUUACUUCCAGUUUGGUGGAAGUACCAUCGUUCUCCUGUUUGAGCCCGGCAGGAUGGUGUUUGAUGGUGACCUCGUCGACAACUCCAACGGCGCGCUAGAAACGCUGGUUCGGGUGGGGAUGUCGAUUGGUCACAGUCCCGGAAUGCCCGCGGUUGAGGAGCGGAAGGAGAAUGUUACGCAAGAGGAUCUGGCGGAUGCUAGACGGAGGAUUGGAGGCAGUUUGGCGCCGACGGCGCCGUAGAUUUUGCGUUGCAAGUAUUUGAGUUGUGUACUUGAACCAACAUGGCAUGAGCAGAGAAAGGUCUUUUCAACAAGGGUUUAUGUGUUUUUUUUUUCUUCGGCUCUUUUUUUUGGCUUUACUUUACUGUAUUCAAAGGGGGGAGGGGGGCAAGGGAUACCAACGUUUUGUUUGCUGUUGACUUGCGGCUGCUAUUUACGAGUGUUUUUUUUCUUCUUGAUUCUUCGGUAUUUGAGUGGGUUUAUGAGCAAUGCUCGCAAUGGCACUCUAUGGGCAAUGAGUUAGGAUGACAUGAGAUGAGUGGGUUUCAACUGAACUUUUGAACACAUAAUUACGAUUAAGAGUUGUUUUGAUGCUAUUCGUGAGGUUAUAGCUGGCACGGCUUGUUAAGGAUGAAUGUAGCCUUUUGAGAUGCCAUUGAGAGAGUGUGUGAG